GGAGCCAAUGCACAGCCUUCCCAGCCCAGAGAGCUGUGCCAGCAUUGAGGAGCUCUGUGCCCUGGGUGCCAGCAUUGAGGAGCUCUCUGCCCUGGGUGCCAGCAUUGAGGAGUUCUGUGCCCUGGGUGCCAGCAUUGAGAAGCUCUGUGCCCUGGAUGCGAGCAUUGAGGAGCUCUCUGCCCUGGAUGCGAGCAUUGAGGAGCUCUCUGCCCUGGGUGCCAGCAUUGAGGUGUCUAGAGAGCUGUGCCAGCAUUGAUGAGCUCUUUGCCCUGGGUGCCAGCAUUGAGGAGCUCUGUGCCCUGGGUGCCAGCAUUGAGGUGUCUAGAGAGCUGUGCCAGCAUUGAUGAGCUCUUUGCCCUGGGUGCCAGCAUUGAGGAGCUCUCUGCCCUGGGUGCCAGCAUUGAGGUGUCCAGAGAGCUGUGCCAGCAUUGAGGAGCUCUGUGCCCUGGGUGCCAGCAUUGAGGAGCUCUUUGCCCUGUGUGCCUAUUAUUAAGAAGCUCUGUCCCUGCAUCGAGGUCCCUGUGCCCUGGAUGCCCAACAUGCUGCCCUGGAGGAGAAGCAAGGUUGUGCUGGUGAAGAAGGAGAGAAAGGGAAAGAUUCUGAAUUACUCCUCAGCCCUGACCUGGUUCCUGGGCUCCUGCCCUGACCUCCUACACCAGGUCCCCCUGGAGCGCCUGGGAAGGGUGUUCAGCAGCAGGAGGCAGAAGGUGGAGCUGAACAGGGAGGACCCCUGCUACACAGUGUGGUACCUGGGCAAUGCUGUGACCCUCCAUGCCAAGGGGGAGGGCUGCAUGCUGGACUCAGUGCAGAAGAUCUGGCAGAAGAGUGAGUUUGGGGGGUGCAGCUCCAAGAUGAAGCUUUCUCUGGGCAGCUAUGGGAUCAGGAUGAGCCCUUGUGGAAGGGGCUCCAGGAAGCCGGUGCAUGCCUACCUACUGCACAGGAUUACCUACUGUGGGGUGGACUCUGGCCACCCCAAGAUCUUCUCCUGGAUCUACAGGCACCAGGUGAAGAACAAGGCUGUGGUUCUGAGAUGCCAUGCUGUGCUGCUCUCCAAGGCUGACAAUGCCAGGGCCAUGGCAUUACUCCUGUGCCAGACCUCCAUGGCAGCCUUCAAUGAAUUCAAAAGGCUCAAGAGACAAAGUGACUUCAGAAGGGGGCAGCAGGAGCUCCUGGGGCAAUGUGUGGUACCCCUGGUGCCCCUGAGGAAGCUGCUGAAUGGGGUGUGCUCCUAUAACCCCCCCGCAGACAGACACAUGAGCCCUUCCAGGCUCAGCUCCAUCUUAGAGGAAGAGGAGGAUAAGGAGGAAGGUCUGGACAGCCCCAGGGGGUAUUCCAUGGACACCUGCUAUGUCCAGCAGGAGAGAGAUAAGAUCCUAGAACUGGCUAAUGAGCUCAGGAGGCUAAGUAUUCAGAGGGCUUUGUGCAAAAAACACAGCUGCACCUGCAAGACCCUCACCCAGCUGUCAGGGUGGAAGCCCCCAACUCACAAUCCAGACUGGAAGCCCCCUAUUCACAAUCCAGACUGGAAGCCCCCCAUUCACAAUCCAGACUGGAAGCCCCCCAUUUACAACCCAGUCUGGAAGACCCCCAUUCACAAUCCAGUCUGGAAGACCCCCACUUACAAUUCAGACUGGAAGCCCCCCAUUCACAAUUCAGACUGGAAGCAUCCAGUGAGGACUAUUUGCUGACACUAACCUACAUUACUGAGUGCCCUGCUUCCAUUCUGAGUGCCGUCAGUGUAAGGGUUAUUUCUGGGAGAUCAUGCAGAAUGGAGAUUGUCAGCUCUUCUGUACAAGGAUAUGGGGUCCUGAGGAACAGAGACAUUGUUCCCAAUCAGGUCCCAAUCAGCUGGAGCUCAGCUCAGACAGAGAAUGUAAGGAAGCCAUGUGAUUUCCUGAGCUAGGACUUUAUCACAAUAGAGACUAAUUAUUAUUAUUAUUAUU